CCAGGCAGCGACAGCCAAUAGAUAACUGCCUAGUGUCUCCUCUCUCUCGACGAGGGUUUCCCCGGACGUCGGCCGGCUCACUGCAGUGUGAACGAUGCUGGCUUUUGUCGUGUCUGCAGUGCCCUUUAUCUGCUUGCUCGCCGCUCCCACCUCCGGCCAGAGAGCGGAGGGGCCGAGUCGCAGGUUCGAAUACAAACACAGCUUCAAAGGACCUAACUUAGUCUUAAAGGACGGCUCCAUUCCCUUCUGGACCCACCAAGGCAAUGCCCUCCCAAGAUCUGACCAAGUCCGGAUUGUGCCUUCGAUAAGAAGUCAAAGCGGUUCGGUUUGGACCAAGAACCGUGUCGCCUUUGUCAACUGGGAAAUUGAAGUUGCUUUCCGGAUCACAGGCAGAAACCGGAUUGGCGCUGACGGGCUGGCCGUGUGGUACAGCAAGGAGAAGGGGCCGGCGGGAUCGGUGUACGGAGCAGCCGACCAGUGGGACGGCGUUGGUGUCUUCUUCGAUACUUUCGACAACGACGGCGGUAAAAACAACCCAAUUGUGCUUGUGGUGGGAAAUGAUGGACAGAUGGCCUAUGAUCACAUGACAGACGGUGCUGGCCAGGCUCAGGGGUGGUGUCUGCGCGAUUAUCGCAACAGCUAUCAGGCCGUGCGCGUGCGGAUACGGUACUACCAGAAGACACUGCAGGUUUACAUAAAUCUGGGCAGGGCUGAUGUCGAUGAGAACUACGAGUUGUGUACUGAAGUCACGGACAUGAACCUACCAGUCGACGGGCACUUUGGAGUGUCCUCAGCCACAGGCGCAGUUGCUGAUGACCACGAUGUCCUGUCAUUCAUCACCUUCAGCUUGACCGAUCCGGGAACGCUGGACACCUCGAUCCAAGGCCAGAAGGCGCAAGGGGAGGAUGAGUACCAGAAGGAAUAUGAACGUUUUGAGAAAGACUUGGAGAAGCGGAAGUACGAAUUUCAGAAGCAACACCCUGAGCUGUCCACUCCAGAUGAAGAUGCGUUUGAGACGGAGAGCCAGCGGGAGUUGCAGAUGGUACUCAGCGGGCAAUCCAUCGUUCGGGAAGAGCUGAGGAAGCUCCGAGAAAAGUUGGCGGAUGCAUUUGAAGAGCACAAACGCCAUUCGGAGAACUUCAGCAAGUUGAGCAGGGACCAACAAACCAGCACCACGAUGAGAGAAGUGGAACAUCAGGAUGCUGACUCUGAAAGAUUGGCAAUCGUGCUCAAUGGGCAGAAGAUGGCGGCGGAACAAAUGCAAGACAUUGGGAUGAACAUAGACAACAUUGCAUCAAAAAUGAAGCUGAACCAACAGUCCUUGAAGACCAUGGUUUCAGCGAUGGACCACUUUGGGGAGAUUAAGGAGCAUGUCCACAUUGUCAAGAAGGAUGUCGACAUUCUUCUGAAUGCCAAGGUUCAACAUCUCAGCUGCCCAAAGGCACUUCCUGUCCCAUCGUGUCUGUCCACGUGGCACUUCUUGGUGUUCAUUGUCCUACAAUCAGUAUUCUUUUUCUACUACCUAAUACACAGGAAUCGAGGGGAAACCAAUUCAAAGAAAUAUUAUUGAGGACUCACAGCUGAUUUUUUUGGCAACGUAUAUUCUGAGGACAGUAUUUGUAAAUGAGGUUGAUCAAUAAUGGGGUUUUUUUUAAACCCAGCUUCUCUCCUGAAAGAUGAGCAUUAGUAACUACCAUCGCAGUAGAAAAUGAACAGAUUUCCUUCUGAUUGAGAAAGGGUUUCAAAGAGUAAUCCACUUAAAUAUACUGACUAGCAUUUGUAUUAACUUACCCUAGAAGGUCUUUUCUAUGGAUUUUUUUUUGUAUGUCAACUUAAAGAUUUAUAUCAAAUUUACUAAAGUAGUGGGCAUCACGGAUCUUUACAUUAAUUGAAGUGAAUAAUCCAAAUGUAAGUGUUAAUUUAUUUCAAGGCAGUCUUAUAUAAAUAUAUAUUUUAACAUCAUCGCAAUAAAUGGAAUUAAUGUCAAAUAAAAUGCAUUGCAAUCCUUGCUGGAGUGAAAG